AUGGCUCGAAGGGUUUUGUUUGCUCUUUCCCUUGCUUCUUAUACAGCAGCAACCUUUUGGCCUUUUGGUGACCAGCAGCUUUGGUUCACAUCUAACACUGGGGCUUUCUCAACAUUUAACUUUGACGGCAAUACUCUCACGAAUGUUUCUACUACUCUCGAUGCGGGAUAUCAGCCUGGGUGGGUCGACAAGCACCCAUGGCUCCAUGUUCUUUAUACCCCAGCUCGUGGUCAGCCAGAAGGCGGAGUAAAUGCGUGGUCAUAUGACAAAGACGGUAAGGUCGCCAAGAUUGCGUCGGGACAUACCAAUGGCAACUCUGCUGUUCAUUGCGAGAUUUCUAGAGAUGGGAAGACCCUCGCUGUACCCAAUAUCAACGGUGCGAACGUAGCUAUUUUUGCUGUUCGCGCCAACGGUACUUUUGCUGCCGAUCCAGCAGCCACGUUUACCUUUCCAUUUUAUGGCGUUGGGCCCAACGCGAAGGAACAAUCUGCUUCCCGCCCACAUCAAGCGCGCUUUGAUGGGUUCUCUCGCUUCCUCUACAUCCCUAACCUCGGAACGGAUCGUCUGCACGUCUUUCGACACAAAGGGGCUGGUCAAGUCGAGCAACUCGACGAUGUUGUGCUCCCAGUUGGGUCCGGUCCCAGGCACCUCACGUUCUGGCCGCCCAUUGGGCCGUCACUAUACAUGUACCUGCUGAACCAAUUAUCCAACGUUAUUAUGGUAUUCGAUAUCUCCACCGAUUCACGCGGCGCAGUACCCAAAUUGGUUCAGACUAUUUCCACUCGCGGAGCUGGCCUUCCACCUUCCACUCCUACCAUUGAUAUCAACGCUGCCGAAGUCGUUGUUACCCCGGAUGCUCGCUUCUUGAUUGCUUCUAACCGGAAUGAUACCUCACGCUCUGAUGAUACCCUUGUAUCUUUCUCUAUCAACCCGUUUUCUCAAUCAGAACACUUGACUUUUCAAAGCCUAGUCGGUACAGGGGGCAAAAACCCUCGUGACCACGCGAUUGAUCCUACGGGCAGAUAUGUUGCAGUGACAAAUCAGGAUACUGGAAUCACGGUUGUCGAACGAGACAUUUGGACAGGCGAGUUCAAGGACGUUGUGACUAACUAUAAGACCAAAUCCCCUGUAUCUGUGCUCUGGCGUCCAAUUUUCUAG